AAGCAUUGUCGCUUUUAAAGCAGUGGCGACUCUGCUUUCCAAUAUACAGUUUUUUCGAGAUUGAUUUCUAAUUUCCGACCUGCAAUUGAAAGAAAAUCCCCAAAUUCAGCAAUGGCGUCCACUGCGAAAUCCCUAUUCCAAACCCUCCGUCGUUACAUCAAGAAGCCAUGGGAAUACACCGGCCCCGUCGCCCACCCGGAAUACCAGCUCGCCAUCCCCAAGGCGACGGAGUACCGGGUUUUCUGCCCCGCCACCGUCCCCGGCAAGGCCAUCGUGCCCAACUCACUCCCCGAAACCGUUUACGACAUCAAGUAUUUCAGCCGAGACCAGCGCCGCAACCGGCCGCCGAUCAAACGCACCUUUUUGAAGAAGGCUGACGUGGAGCGGAUGAAGAAGGAGAAGACGUUUGAUCUGAGUGAAUUCCCGCAGCCCUACCUGACCGCGACGGUUAUCGAGGACCUAGAUGCCAUCGGCGGCGGAUACCAGAAGUAGAAUGCAGGCCGUGAGCUGUGACAUCUUUCUGGCUGCUUGAAGUUCUGGUUAAUGGUCAGCUUGGUUCUAUGCAGCAGGUUUUCUCUGUCCAGAUAAUUUUCUUGAAAGGAACAAGUUGUAUUCCAUGACAUGUAUUUUCUCAAUGAGUUGUUUCCCCAAUAAUGUAUACUCAAAGGAGUAUUUUGCAGCUCCAUGUGUUUUAUGUCUAAAAUCAUUGCUAGAUGUGCCUUAUUGGUCGUUUGCUCUGCAUUUUAAAUUAUCUAAAGAUCUUGAAGUUUGUAUUAUUUUGGGAUCAAGUGUAGUACUAUCUGCACAAUAUAGUUUUCUGCUUUCUGAAUCA